UUUUUUUCGGAAAGAUAAUAUCACUAACCUAUAAAUUGAAAUGAACAAUAACGAGAGUUAUAAUCAACAACACUUGCCGUUAAUAUCGUAGAAGAACUAGUAUGGGAAUGGUGAAUGUGACAAAGGGAAUUUUGGUUGAGUGUGAUGCAGCAAUGAAACAAUUUCUCCUUCACUUGGACGAGACUUUUGCCCUGGGAAGAAAAUUUAUAAUUCAGGAUCUUGACGAGAAGCAUCUAUUCAUAUCAGCUGAUAUUCUCGAGACUCUACAAGCUAAAGUCGAUGAUCUUAUGGAUCAGAUCUCGUUUCCACUUGCCGACAAGGGAUUAUAA